AUGGAAAGGAGCGUGGCUGUACUACCCGGCUGUCCCGUAACGCGUAGACAUUCGAUAUUCCGCUUCGCCGACAGUUGCGGAGAGACUGAAGCCUGCAACCUGCAAGUGCUGUACCUCGCUGCGGCAAAACGGUACGGCCGGAUGAAUGCAACAACUAGAGUGAGCUACUAUAUCGACAAAUAUGGUGUGUUUCACAGAAUAUUCAGAAAUCAAGAUGUUCCUGUUGCAACCAUUCCACAAAGAAUCCUUAAAGACGAGAUACCAAAACCGAGCGCAACUUGGUUGAGGCUGAUCAUGAUGUUCUGGAAUGCAAGAGUGAUGAAGACAGCUUUUAGAUUUGGAGUUGCUGCUAUCAUAAUGAAUCAUGUCUGCCGAAAGAGCGUAUGCCAAAGCCACCAUAGGGUGGCCUGAGGCGAGCUUCACAGCGCCAUCC